GAAACGAAGAAUUAAGGCUAAGAAGUAUCCUCUGUAUUGCUAGUCAAUAUGCAAAAUUACUGUGCUAAGAUGAUUGAGGUCAAGUCUGUAGUAUAAUCUUUCUAUCAAUAGAAUAUUUAAAGAUUGGGAAUAAUUACGGCAACAGGUAUUUACCUAUUAAACCUGUGCGAUUUUCCUAACAACCUGAGAAGUUAAGAUAAAGGCAUUUCUAAGAGUACGAUUUAAACAUUAAAGAUACAAAGCUAUCCCCUAAUUUGUUCAAGUUAAACACACUGAAGUAGUUAAACCAAAACAGGGGCUGCAGUUCCCCAGUGUGGACUCUGGGCGCCGCUGUUGGCCAAAGUGGAGAGCUUGGCGCUCACAAUCUUCUUGCGCAGCCGCACCGCGCCUUCCAGGGUAGCCUGAUCUCAGACUCGCGGGCGCCAAUCUUUACACUCCCCCGUCUUCUUCACGAAAAGAAUCCCCGACCUCCCUCACUGGAGCUAAAGUCCGUCCGGAGCUGGGAAUAGCCGCAGCACCCGGCUGAUCGGUAACCCGGCGUCUCGAGCUGGUGAGCAAACUGAGGGGAACGAGAGGGAUGGGGAGCGGCGCUGGGGAGCGGGGCUGGGCGGAGAGGCGGCCAGUGCUCUUUCCCUUCCUGCUGUCUUUGUUCUGCCCCGCGCUGUCUGAGCAGAUUGGCUACAGGAUUCCCGAGGAAAUGCCCAAGGGUUCGGUAGUGGGCAACCUCGCCAAGGACCUGGGGCUCAGUGUGCAGGAGCUACCGACUCGGAAACUGCGCGUCAGUUCGGAGAAGCCUUACUUCACUGUGAGCGCAGAGAGCGGGGAGCUGCUUGUGAGCGGCAGGCUAGACAGGGAGCAGAUCUGCGGGAAGAAUCCCACUUGCGCUCUGGAAUUUGAGGCUGUGGCGGAGAAUCCAUUGAACUUUUACCACGUGAAUGUGGAGAUCGAGGAUAUUAAUGACCACACUCCAAAAUUCACCCAAAAUUCUUUUGAACUUCAGAUAAGUGAGUAUGCACAGCCAGGCACAAGAUUUAUAUUAGAAGGUGCCGAAGACGCGGAUAUUGGCUUGAACUCUCUACAGAAUUAUAAACUCUCUCUUAGCCCUAUUUUCUCGCUGGUAAAUAAGGAGAAACAGGAUGGUAGUAAAUACCCGGAACUGAUAUUGGAGAAAACCCUAGACCGGGAACAACAGAGUUUCCAUCGGUUAGUCUUAACUGCUUUGGAUGGCGGACACCCACUCCUAAGCAGCACCGCCGAGCUACGAAUCCAGGUUACCGAUGCCAAUGAUAAUGCCCCUGUAUUCAACCAGGAGGUGUACCGGAUCAGCAUUCGGGAAAACGUACCCCCAGGCACCCCGGUGCUGCAAGUGUCAGCUACAGAUCGGGAUGAAGGCACUAACGCCGAAAUUACUUACUCCUUUUACAGAGCGGGUCAAAUGUUCAGUCUAAAUUCGAAGAGUGGGGAAAUUACAACUCAAAACACAUUGGAUUUCGAAGAAGUCAAGGAAUAUUCUAUAGUGGUGGAAGCGAGGGACGGUGGAGGACUGGUUGCACAAUGUACAGUUGAAAUUAGCGUUGAAGAUGUAAAUGACAACAGUCCAGAAAUUACUUUCCAUUCUCUACUGGAUAUUAUUCCAGAAAACGCAGUGCCUGGAACACUGAUUGCUUUGAUCAAAAUACAUGAUCAAGAUUCCGGGGAAAAUGGAGAGUUUAACUGUCAAUUGGAAGGUGAAGUUCCUUUUAAGAUAGUCUCUUCAUCCAAGAAUUCAUAUAAAUUGGUAACAGAAAGGACCCUGGACAGGGAGCAGAUCCCAGAGUACAAUCUUACCAUAACCGCCACCGACAAGGGCAAGCCGCCCCUGUCCUCCAGCACACGUGUCAGCCUGCACAUUGGUGACGUCAACGACAACGCCCCGGUUUUCCAUCAGGUCUCCUACUGGGUCCACGUGGCUGAGAAC